AUGGGGAUCACUCGGGCGGUGAGUGAGGUGGACGCUGCUGCCCCACUAUCCCGCCUAACAGUGCCAUGCCAGAAGUACGAAGCAGAGUGGAGUUGGCCCCGUUCCCCCCUAUGGACCAUGGGGGUGAUCCCGGUCCACACCCUGGGGCCCGAGGAGGUGCAAAGACACCGGCAUACAGAGCUGUGGCAGUGUCCACCUGAGGCUCAGAGGCCGCACUCAAAAUGGCGGAGACCACAUGGCGAUCUACCAGAAGAGAGACCAACGAUCCCAUCACACCGGCACAUAGCCAGCGCAGGCCGAAUAAAUACCUACAGGUGUCUGCUAAGAAGCAACAGGUUCCGAGCCUGGAAUGAGCCAGGUCAGGGAGGAAGAGGCGGAGAUGCAUUAAGCCACCACAUGCAGCGCUACAGAGAUCACCGGAGGCUGACUCCCGCACACCUACCACCAAGCCCACCCAAGAGCACGACCUACAGUAUAAGACACUAUAAAUAUGUCUCAGAUGAUUUAUGUGUGGGAAAGUUACUGUAA